GCGCGGGGGCCCCGCGGGGCUCAGCCGCCCAAGGGUUAAUUAAACCCGGGCGGCGCGGCGGGGAAGUCCCGCAGCUCCGGGGCGGCCCCCGGGCCCCCCCCUCGCCCCUUGCCCGGCCAUGCCCGCCCGGCGCCCGCCGCUGCCAACUCGCGCUGCGCUUCAUCCGCGGCCGGGCGGCGGCGGGCGGCCCUGAGCGCUCGGAUCCCGGCCCUGAGCGCUCGGAUCCCGGCCCCGAGCGCCCGGCUCCCGGCGGCGGCUCCUGGCGCCAGGCCUGGGCCCAGCCCGGGCCGCCCUCAGCGAGUCCCUUUGUGCCUGCAGACGAGCCCAGAGUGCUGCCAGAUAGGAGCCAGAGAUGACCAAGGAAGAAGAGCUACCAGACUGGAACUCAUCCAAGGAGUUUUAUGAAAAAUAUGAGCCGAAGGAGGUUUUGGGCAGGGGGGUGAGCAGCGUCGUCCGUCGGUGCAUCCACAAAACCACCAGGCAGGAAUAUGCCGUGAAGAUCAUCGACAUCACGGCGGGAAACAUCUCCCCCAAGGAGGUGCAGGAGCUGCGGGAAGCCACCACGAAGGAGAUCGACAUCCUCCGCAAAGUCUCAGGCCACCCCAACGUCAUCCAGCUGAAGGACAGCUAUGAAUCCAGCACCUUCUUCUUCUUGGUGUUUGACCUGAUGAAGAGAGGGGAGCUCUUCGACUACCUCACCGAGAAAGUCACCUUGAGUGAGAAAGAAACCAGGAAGAUCAUGCGAGCGCUGCUGGAAGUGAUCCAGUACCUCCAUUCCAUCAACAUUGUCCACCGGGACCUGAAGCCGGAGAACAUCCUCCUGGAUGAUGACAUGAACAUUAAGCUGACAGAUUUUGGCUUCUCCUGCCAGCUGAACGAGAAUGAGAAGCUCAAAGAGAUCUGUGGCACACCUGGAUACCUGGCCCCUGAGAUCCUGCAGUGCUCCAUGGAUGACGAGCACCAAGGCUACGGGAAGGAGGUCGAUAUGUGGAGCACCGGGGUGAUCAUGUACACCUUGCUGGCCGGCUCCCCUCCCUUCUGGCACCGCAAGCAGAUGCUGAUGCUGCGGAUGAUCAUGAACGGGGACUACCAGUUCAGCUCCCCGGAGUGGGACGACCGCUCCGACACCGUCAAGGACCUGAUCUCCCGGUUCCUGGUGGUGGACCCCCGGCAGCGGUACACGGCUGGACAGGCGCUGGCACACCCCUUCUUCCAGCAGUACGACUCGGAGGAGGUCCGGCACUUCAGCCCCUUCCGGAAAUUCAAGGUGAUCUGCCUGACCGUCCUGGCCUCAGUCCGAAUUUACUACCAGUACCGGCUGGUGAAGUCGGUCACCAGGGAGCUGGUGGUGCGCGACCCCUACGCCCUGAAGCCCGUCCGGAAGCUCAUCGACGCCUGUGCCUUCAGGACCUACCGGCACUGGGUGAAGAAGGGGGAGGCCCAGAACAGGGCUGCCCUCUUCGAGAACACCUGCAAGGCCAUCCUGCUGACCCUGGCAGCCGAGGAAGAGCUGUUCUGAUCACCCUGUGGAAGCCUGUGAUUUGGCUCUCCAUAGGCGAGUAAAAUCUCUGGAAACAAA